CAAACAAACUUUGCAGCUGAGGGAAUCUCAAGUUAUUAGAAACAUUGUCUACCUCCCCAGACUGUUGGUUUGCAAUACUUUAUGAUUACAAUCAAGAAGAUACCAGCCAUUAAAGUAUAUAAGUAUAAUACAUAGCUAGAACAAGAGGACUGUUGGGGAAAUAUUCAUAUCCAGUAGCUAUUGGAGAGAUCGUGUUUUUGCUUUUGGGUGUGAAAAAAUUCACCUUAUUUAAGGAAGGUGAUCGCCUAUUUGCUCUAAUAGUAGAGCCGCCUCGGGCUGAAUUGGAACACCGAUUGCAAGCCAGAACUUCUUGUCCAACAUCACUGUCUGACCUCACAAAUGCUCUUUUGGAUGAUUGGGCAAAAAAUCUCACAAACACAAUCUAAUAUCUUGUGAAAAGCCUUCACAGGACAGUUGUACCUGUUAUAGCUGCAAGGGGGAACUCCAUAUUAUUGCCCAUGGUUUUGGAAUAGGAUAUCCAACAAGCUCCAUUGGUGUGAUGGUCCAAUGCUGUGUCCACAUACUUUUGAACAUAUUGUAUGUAUAUAUGUCAUCUGUUGUAUUGAGAAUCUACUGUUUUGCAGGAUUGACUGUAUUAAGUAAAUUCAGUAAAAUGGUUGGACAAUCUGAGAAACCGAAUUCUACAAAUGAAAAUCAUAUCAAUGAACAAAUUGAAGAAGGUUCCAAACACCGGUCUGGAGUCUUAAAAAGGAUACGGAAGUGUGUGAUGCGCAACCUCUUUCCUAACGAUAGAGCAACUAGUCCAACUAAUAAAAACAUCACUGCUGAAACGAUAGAAGAAAAACUUUUGCAGAAAAGAUACCAAGACGCCAGCAAGGAUCUGAUUACCUUAGAACAUAAUAUUUGCAAGUUGAUCGAUGACAAACAACGUGAAGAAAAGAAGCUACAGCUGGAGAUGCUCUAUGAAAAAUUGGAAAACGAGGUCUUCCAAGUAAUAAAAAAAUCAAUAACACAAGUAGAUUUAAUGGAGCAAUCCAUCAAGGCUAUUCUGGAACAGGAAAUAGAAGACUCUCAAUAUAUUGAAAACAGUGGUAACUUAACCACUAACAUUGGGCGGCCAAGAAAAUGGAGACAGAAAUGGAAGAAUGUUGUCAAGCUAUCAGUGCAGGACAGAAUUAGUCAGAUUCCGGAGCGUCCUCCUGGUGCCCUUAAAUCUUCUUUAUCCUACACGUUAGGCUAUUUAGGAAGGACCUGCAAAAAUGAUCUAAUCUACGUGGUAGAAGCUCUCGAACAAUAUUACCCAGAUGAAUUUGACGUAUGCAAUGUGUAUGCGCAGCAUUAUCACCAGGAGUUAAAAUCUAUUGUUGAAAAUUUUGAACAUGAAAAAAAAGAUAUUCACCUUCUUCUGUCUUGGGUCUUUAACAUAUAUCCAAAAAAGAUACUAAACGAUGCAGCUUUAGUCAGACACAUAGACUCGACCAACCUAGAGCCUCUCUUGUCACAGAGAAAGAUCAGAGAGUUUGAGGAAUAUUAUUUGCCUUAUGAAGUGAAUUCUGUGCGGAACUGGAUGAACAAAAGUUUAGAUCUGGAAUUUGAACUCUGUAAUGAGGACAAAGAGCCAGUGACCUUGGGAGAGUAUUAUCAUUCAGAGCUACAAAUAGAUGUCAUCCAGAUUUACAAUGGAGGACUUAAAAGAGCCGAAGAAAUCAGACCAGAACUGUCUAAAGAAAUUAGUCCUCUCCUGGCAAAGGAAUUGGAGGCAUUCUUAAAAAGAUACAAGAGAGUAUUUGAAAUAUAUAUAAAGAAAAACAAGAGCCAGCAAUUUUUUAAGGCUAUUGUCAUUGCCAAUAUAAACUGCUGCAGGAACUUUCGGGACUAUAUCAAUGGAAAGAACAUUGAUUUAGAGGCUGAGAUGAAGCAAAAUAUGAAUUUAAUCUUACAGGAUUUUGAGACUCUAGGAAAUGAUAUUCUUCUUAAGGAUCUUUUUCUAGAUUUAAAGGAAAUAUUCAAAAAGAUUAUGAAAAGAAAAAGCCACCGUGAUCAUUAUGAAUCCAUGAUAGAAAUCAUUAAAAAAACAGAACGACACAUUUCCCCGUAUAAUACUUUAAUUUGUCCUUGUUAUCAGAAUAUGAUGGGAAAGGUCCAUAUACACCUGGUUCUGGAAUAUGUCACCAGGCUUUUAAAGAAGAAAGUGAGCAUCAAAAAUCAUAAUGAGCAACAGAAUCUAGCUACCCAAAUCUGCCAUACUGCGGCUCUGAUUGAGAAGUUCUGCUCUGAGUCAAAUGCUUCUUGGCUGAACCCUCUAAUCCACCAACUCGCAGAAAUCAUUAGCCUUAAGGAUGUAAAUGCUAUUCAGGUUGAAGUUGCUGCCCUUGCUAACGUUUAUCCUGAUAUUGAGAAAAAGCACAUUAGAGCUCUUUUACACAUUAAAGGGGACCUUAGCACAGAGGAUGUGCACACGGUUUUACAAAUCCUGAAAACCAGAAACACAGAAAAUCAACACACAAACCCGUCAUUUUUCUCAUUAAUUAAAGACUGUUAAUUAUUCCUGGCAAA